ACGCACUAAAGGAGGAGACCGCAAACCAGACCAGACCAUAGUUCUGGUCUCACGGUCCAGACCAAACCAUACGAUACGGUCUAGACCGCGGUUUCCCAUACGGUUUGGUCUGGAUUCCCAGCCCUAAUACCAACUCCUAACCCGCCGGAUAGAGCCUCCUAAAAUACCCGACCAAAUAACCACCGGGUAUGAAAAUGAUAUAACCAUACCCUACCCACCGAGUAACCAUGGGUAUUCGGGUAACCAUGAGUACGAAUCCUAAAAUACGAACUUAUACACAUAUAUGCACAUACAUAUUGUACAAAAAACACCCUACUGUACGAAACAGAGAGAUUAAUUAACAAAGGGAAUCAAGAAAAGCACAUGACCAGCGAGAUUAAUUACAAAGGGAAUCAAGCCAAAAAUACCCUACUGUUCGAUGCUUGUCGUCGUGGGAUGCUUGCGGAACAGGGGAGACCUGGCGAGCCGCGUUGGAACAGGGGAGAGCAGGUGCGCUGGAACGGUGGAGAUUUGGCGAGAGGAACGGCGCGCGACGGAGAUGGUGGCAAGGAAACGACGCACGAACCGGGAAGGAAUCAGGGGAGAGGGCGAGAGGCAGACGACGCGUCGACGCUGUUCGGAUUCGCGCGGCCGGCGAGGUUCCUUGCAAACGGCGCGCGAACGGAGAGGGUAGCUGGGAACGACGCGCGACGGAGAGGGUAGCAGGGAAAUGGCGCACGAACCGGGAAGGAAGCAGGGGAGAGGACGAGAGGAGGACGUCGACGUCGACGCCGUUGGGACUGGCGGCCGGCGAAGUUCCUUGCAAACGGCGCACGAUUUGGACUGUCUGUGAAGUGUGCGUGGCCGCGUGGGUGUUGGCUGGCUGGAGGGCGGCGGGGAGAGCUUACAAUUUAGGAAUAGGGUUUUGAUUUUAGGUUAGAUACAAAGUUGGGGUCUUGGGGAGAAGUGGCCACUGGCCAGAUUGUCUUCUCACUUCUGGUUAGGUAGUGUCGGGCAGUGGGUGCUGGGUUAGGGUCUAGGAAAAUCAACUUUUAGUUAGCGGGGCGGGUAUUGUCGAUUACCAUACCCGUACCCUACCCUUUAUUUUGAAACCAUGUAUUACCCGUACCCGCCCCUUAACCCGUCAAAGCGGGUAAUUACCCUCGUUGAUCGGUUACGGUCGGGUAGGGUACCCAUGAUUACGGGUUGGAUUGACAUCCCUACUACCAACUACACAUUAAUCUUUAUUUUUUUUACAAAAGAUAAUCAUAUAUUAGAUUCAAUCAACUAGACAAUAAUCAAAACGAAGCAGUUUUGAUCUUUUACGCUUGUUCUUCAACUGAAAAAUCCUCCCUUGAGCUCAAGCCAGACAACAGGCUUCAAUUCACUUCAUCUUCAAUAUGUCCUCUUUCAUUGUGCUUCACCAUUUCCUCCACUCCAAACUUAGUUCUCAGAUACUCAAAAGCAUCAAGUUUGAGAGCCUUGGUCAUAAUGUAACACCAUGUCAGAAUACUUACUAUUAUAUAGAGUACAUAAAACUCAAAAAGAUUUUUGGGCCCAAUUAAAAACUUUACAAAUCAAGUGCAAAAAAAGCUAAACAAUUUGACACUAGAUUUCAUGUGGAAACAUGUUCACUCUUCCGCCCACCUCAUGAAUCAAAACCUGAAGUUUGAAGCCACAACUUCUACUUCUAUCACUUCUCGCAACUACUCUCGAUCUGGGAAAAAAUAUUUGACGAAGGGUGAAUCGUCGCUCGAUGAGUAAAUUCUAAAUCUAAAUGAACAACAAUACAUAAGCACUAUUUUGCAUGGUACCCUUUUGUUACUUAUCAUUUACUUCUAGCUCUUGUUGCUUAUGGUUCCAAUUUAUAACAUUCAAUGUUCAGUUAUGAUUUCAUGAUACAUGAUGGUUGAACAAUCUCUAGGUGUUCAUAACACCUCUCUAUCACUAUCCAGUAACACUCACAUUCCACGGUGAUAGAACACCUUAUUUUUCCAUUCAGUAUCAGUCACAUUAUUUAGCACACAUUUAACAUCAUUAUAUCAUAUCUCGAUGCUAAGACACAAUCAUCUCAUUCACAUCCAUUUAUCUCAAUCAACAUCACAUGGUACACACAACAUGAUACUAAGCAUCAUCAAUUCACGCAUAUUCAGUCAUGCCCAUAAAUAGUUCAGCACAUCAUUCACAUUCCAAUGAUCAAUCAUGCACACAUGCACACAUAGACACACAUACACACGGUUGGUUAGGUUCAUUAUAUGCAUUUUCAUUAUAUUGCCACGUCGUGUACUCCCCCAGGUAUCUCGGAGCUUUUGGCAUCAAGUGUCGGGCCGGUACCCUAUAUAAUUUCGUAGCCUUUGGCACCAUGUGCUAGACCGGUCGAACCCUAUAUCACUCUCGCAGCUUAUGGCAUCAAGUGAUGGGCCGGUCCGACCCUAUAUCACUUCGCAACUUUUGGUACAAUGUGCCGAGCCGGUUGGACCCUAUAUCAUUUCGCAGCUUUUGGCACCUGUGUCGGUCCGGUCGGACCCUAUAUCACUUUGCUUCUUUUGGCAUAAAGUGUCCGAUCGGUUGGACCCUCGUAUCAUAGAGUACACAACGGGCGCCUUUAAGUUUAAUAUAGGUGAUCAGACAAU